UUUUUUUUUUUUUUUUUUUGGCUAUGCCCGCAGCUUGUAGAAGUUCCAGGGCCGGCACUUAAACCACAGCAGCGACCUGAGCCACAACAGUGACAACAUUGGAUCCUUAACCUGCUGUGCCGUUUGAGAACUCCAACACACACUCUUAAGGAUAUUGUAGAUUCUUGUAGCCUUAUCCUAUACAUUUUUUUAAAUUUAAUUGUUCACAAUGACUCUUUGCUCCAACUGGGUGUUUUCCAACAUGAAGUUAUGCUCAAUGACUAGUUGAUUACCCUUGUAGUGGUUAGUGACCACAUUGGUCAAAAUGUGACCAUAAUAGAAUUUUCUUCUCACUGAACUAUGAAAUCGUAACUCAGUUUAUCAGACACUGCUCCAUUUUAUUAUAACAACUUCUGCAAAUCUCUGUUGAUUUUUAAAGGCACCACUGUUUCUGUGUCUAUCCACUGAAGAAGACAGAUCUCAUAGCCUUUAUGGGUUUUGGUUUGAAUAAUGACUUUUAGGUCCAGUAAUUCCAUCCUUUACUGAGAAGUUCAAAGCUGCCUAGCUUUUGUUACCUCAACUUCCUCCUUUGCCACUCAGAAUAGUUUUGCAUUUUUAUCCCUUGUGGCCUCCUGUGCGCUUAUCUCUGAGGAAGAAUGUUCUUACUUCCUUCCUCUCGGACUGUGCUCCUCCACCGUCUCCCUCCACCAAGAUGUCAGUCCUUCAAAGAAACUGCUUCUUCAGUCUUACUCUGCUUGUGGUGGUUGAUUAUUCUUAAACUGGAGGGAAUCCAGCUGCAUCAUCAAAGGGCCAAAGAAGGAGAUGAAAAAACCUUGCACUUUUUCAGAAGUCUGCUGUAAGGCCAGCACCUUUUCUGCUGCCAUGAUAACCACUCAAGAAAUGGAACAGACCACACCAGGGGCUGACCCUGACGUGCACCAGCCCAGACAGCUUUCUUCCCUACGUUCACAUCUGUGGAAAGAGAUGCUAGAGAAGUUCCUGAAAGGGGAACCCAAAAUCCUUGGGGUUGUACAAGUCCUGAUUGCCCUGAUGAACUCGAGCUUGGGGACAGUCGUGAUGAGUGUCACGUUGUCACAUAAAUACUUGGAAUACUCCUUCUAUUUGGCAUGUGCAGGGUAUAUAAUUUCGGCAUCAGUGAUGUUUAUUAUUUCAGGGUCCUUGUCAAUUGCAGCAGGAACUAAAGGGACAAAAGGUCUGGUCCAGGGUAGCCUAGGAUUGAACAUCACCAGCUCCAUCUUGGCUGCCAUAGGGAUCAUACUCCUUUCACUCAGUUUUCUUGUUUCUUCCUUUGACUAUACCUGUAGAAGCAAUCCAGAUUUGGAGAACUGUUCAAUGAUCCUGUCUAUUUUAAUGGGAAUGAAUGGUAUGGUGCUCAUUUUAACCCUGCUGGAGUUCUGCAUUGCUCUAUCCCUCUCUGCCUUUGGAUGCAAAGUAACCUGUUGUAAAUCUGGUGGGGUUGUGUUCAUUCUGCCAUCAAAUGUUCACAUGGCAGAAACAGCAUCUCCUGCACCAUUGGCAGGAGGUUUGAUGCCACCAACGGAUCAACAGAAAAAUGUUCCAGAAAAUCUUUCCCUCCAGUAAUGCAAGAAACCUGCUUGGGAAAGUACCAGGAUCCAACUCUGACUCUAAUAUGUAUGUAAAAUUCUGAGUCAUGUUCUUAUUUUCCCUCAUAACUCAACAAUUCUCUUGUCCAUCUCUUUAAAUGCAAUAAAAGACUUUAAAUAAAUAAAUCAUACAUUUAAUGAA